GGCAUUUCUAAACGAUAGACGAAAACAACCGACAUUUUACAUAAGUUUUUUAGAAUAAUUUAGAAUAUUUUCCCAUAAAUACAAAUGCCGCGUAAUCUGAAUGCAGAGCGCGAUAAUCCCUGUCUAAAGGAGCAGGAAUUGUCGUUCAAGUGCCUCAACAAAAACAACUUUGACCGCGACAAGUGCGAGGUUUAUUUUGCAAAUUACAACAAUUGCAAAGAGUUUUGGAACAAGGUACGUGCGGACCGCCGAGGCAAGGGAAUAGCUCCAUAUUUGCCGCCACUUGAAGAACGCGAUGCCAUCAAAGCGGAAUAUCUGAAAGCAAAACCCUCACAAAGUUGAUAAACGCUCAUUUUUCUUUUGAUUUUUUUGUAUAUAAUUUAAUUAUAUAAUAACAAA